AUGUUCGUUAGCACGAGGAGAGCACGAGGCAGUACUCUUCCACCUACCAUCGUCAUGGGGAAACGAAAGAGAAAGGCCCAUCCCAACACCUUAGCCAAUUUGAAGAGGGGUGCAAAGAGGAUGAAAGAAGCAACCAAAUCACCUUCACCGGAGCCGGUUACAGUCAAUGUCAGCGGUCAGGACGAGAUAGAGUCAAGAAAGGACGCACCUGAGCAUGAAGGGGUGGAAAGGGAGGGAUGGGGGGAGGAGAGUGACGAUGAGGAUGACGAUAUUGAGGUUGUGGAUGAUCCCAAGUUGUGGAAUGCGAAAAGAUUGAAGGAUUUGGGCGUUUAUGAGCGUGUUGUCAGUGCAGCACUUUCGGGUGACAAGUGCCCAUACUUGGGCGAUGAAUGGGACGACUCUGACGACGAAACUUGGCUUCCUCCAAAGAAGAAAUGGGAAAGGGAGAAGAGAAAGCGAGAAAAGAAAGAUCGUCCUUCGACCUACGCCACUGGCCCCGACAUUAUGGCAAAGUCGGAACGUACCCAGCGCCGUUACAAGCAGCAGAUGGCCACGCAAACAUUCCUUGAUGAUCACAUCGUCAGAACGAAGCGUCCUCGCCCUCCUCCGAGAGAAGAGAAGUCCCUGGCUGAGGAGACAGCUAGUGUGAAGGUGGAAGUCAAAGAAGAGCCCCUCCCUUCGACGUCUUCAUCGAUUCCAGAUGUCCAGGUCCGAAUCGAGUCCCCUGAACCCGUUCAGCUCGAAUUUCUCGAUGUCGAAAUUCGUCAGGAGUCCCUUACCCCCCCACCGCUGUUUUUCGAUGAGCAUCCACGAGUUCCGCCAUCGCCACCCCUUCCUGGUAGUGCAGAAUCUGCAGACGCACCCACCGUACUCCCUGAGACUUCAGAGACGGCCAUCGACCCGCAAAGUGGCAUCGAGUGCUGGGAGGAGGAGCUGAACGAUGUUCUUGCUCCAACAGCAAGUGACAUUCGUCCUUGGGAUGUCCUUCGUGAACGUAUCAACAAGGCGAUGGAGCCUAAGCAAUGGAAGAAGCUCACGCAAACCCACCAGAACCAAUACCUCAUCCUGAGGGCCUUCGCCACACUUCGACUUCGUGGGAUCGGACGACUCGAAGCAAGCCAACAGAUCGCUCUCCAAUGGUCGCAGGACAUCAAGGGAUCAGGGGUCAGCUUCGCGCGUCGUGUAAGGGCGCUGGCUCGCCAUUACCAGAUCUGGGAGCAACUUCCAGUCGAGAAACGAGGUGGAUACCGGAACGGUCGUUCUGUAUUGAAGGACGAAAGUGUCCAGCAGGCUGCUCGUGGAUGGUUGACGGCGCAGAAACUUGGGACGGUCAAUCCCAGUCGAUUUCGAGAUGGUUUGAAUUCCGAAAUCCUUCCUAGUCUUGGAAUUUCUUUGAAGAAACCAUUGUGCACGAGGACAGCGACGCGAUGGCUGUGGAAGCUUGGUUGGGUGAAGACGAAGAUUGGAAAGGGUGUCUAUGUUGAUGGGCAUGAGAGAGAGGAUGUGGUACAUUACCGAAAGCACUACUACCUGCCAAAGAUGAAGGAGUAUUCUCGACGCAUGACGCACUACGAGCCAUCCGAUCCGAAGUCCCCGGCAUCCGAUCUGAAGGCAGUUCCUCCCAUUCUUGGAGAAGGCGAGAAGGAGAUUGUUGCCGUGUUCCAAGAUGAGUCUUGCUGCCAUGCGAACGAGUUCGAAGGCCAUGCUUGGCUCAAGCCCGGACAGCAGCCUCUUGUGAAGAAAGGUCGCGGGCGCCUCAUCAUGAUCUCGGAAUUCAUUUGCUCGACAACUGGGCGCUUAGUCGUCGAGGACGAAAACGGUAAUGUCAUCAAAGAAGCUCGCAAGAUAAUCUAUCCGGGCAGUAACGGUGACCCCUAUUGGGACAAGAAACAGCUGCUCGAACAAGUCCAGAACCAUGCGAUCCCAGUGUUUGAGGAAUCACACCCAGGAAAGCAAGCCUUGUUCAUCUUCGAUCAGUCCUCGGCCCACGCUGCACUCGCUGACGAUGCUCUCAAAGCUUUUGAAAUGAAUAAAUCCAAUGGAGGCGCUCAACGGAUCCAGCGUGACACAGUCAUUCCAGAUUCUAAUCCGACAGCUCAGCUCCGAGGCAAGUUACAGCCAAUGACAGUCCCGGGUCCAGAUGGAAAACCGAUUCCCAAAGGUCUUGAACAAGUCCUCCAGGAGCGGGGUUUCAACGUUGAUGGACUGAGAGCGAAGUGCAAACCGGUCUGCCCCUUCGACAGCGACAAGUGUUGCAUGGCCCGACUUCUUAGCAAGCAGGACGACUUUACAAAUCAAGUCUCUGAAUUGGAGCAAAUCAUCGUCGAUGCCGGUCACCUGUGUUUGUUUCUUCCCAAGUUUCACUGUGAAUUGAAUCCAAUUGAAAUGUAUUGGGGUUGGGUGAAGUUUAGGUAUCGCCAAAUGGCGAAGCCCAACUUCGAAGCAGCAAAAAAGGCUGCCCUUUCCUGCCUGAACGCUUGCCCCAAGGAUGUUAUUCGACGAUUUAUCAACCGCUCUUGGCGAUUCACGGAGGCUUAUCGGGCGGGACUGACUGGGAAGGCAGCUGCAUGGGCAGUCCGGAAGUACAAGGGACAUCGUACUAUUUCCAACGGGGCGCUUAUGCACAUCGAGGCGCUCGCUGGGUAG